AUUACUUCUCUAGAACCUGAUGGGCCAUUCAAUCUGCUGGUAGAGCAUUUUGAAGACUACAUAUAAAGUUACGUUCAUCACAUCAUCCUUCUUGGGUUCGAUGAAUCAAUUACAGAAUUGAACUAAUGAUGAUAAUGAUAAUGAUUUAGCUUUAUCAAGAAAAGCCAAUCCAUGACCAUUUGGUUGAGCUUCUCGAUUGUUUUACCCCUGAUUUCGAAAGAAACGCGACUGUUGAUGAAACAUCACAACCGAAUUAUACUUCCAAAAGUAAUCUACUAUUGUCGUGCUCAAGAUGUGGGGAAAAAUUGUGGUCGCAUUGUGUUUGGGUUUCCUUCAAACCCUAAGUGUGGCGGACACCGAUACCAAUCGUACCUUUUACAAUGGAACUCAAAGAGAGGGAAAAAUUUUAAAUCUGUUCUCAAUUGUGAGGUUCCCAAACACAUUUUGCGUCGGUACCAACAGCCGGAAUGGAACGUGCUACACUACCGACGAAUGCACUCAAAGAGGUGGAACCACUGCGGGAUCGUGUGCCCUCGGUUACGGAGUGUGUUGUACUUUUGUCCUUGGUUGCGGAUCAACCUCGAGUCAGAACUGUACGUAUUUCGAGUCUACAGGCACAGAGGCGGGCAGUUGCCGCAUGAAAAUCUGCCCGUGCAACGGCAAUAUAUGUCAACUUCGAUUGGACUUUGAAACCUUUGUGCUGAACCAACCAGAUGCCAGCAUGGCUACAACAAUAAAAAAUGCCGCGAAUACGGCGAUCACAGCUUCUACCCAAUGCCUUGUUGACCAAUUCUCUGUGACCAACCCUGGAGGAUCUGCGCCUUCAACCAUUUGUGGGACAAACUCAGCUGAGCACAUGUAUGUGGACUCCUCUGAUGCUUGCAAUGAGUUGGCUUUUAACCUCGGUUCCAGUGGAUCCACCGUUACCAGAAGCUGGAGGAUCAAGGUCACGCAGUAUUCCUGCGAUUAUAAUAACUUGGCUCCCGAUGGGUGCACACAAUACUUCUUUGGGGCCAUGACGGAUAUCGUUCAAUCCUACAACUUUGCCGGUGGUCACCAUUUGGCCAACCAAAACCACUUGUUCUGCGUCAGGAGAGAGGCAAAUAAGUGUCGAAUUUGUUGGACCACCACUGCCGAAGGAGAUUUUGAGCUCACUGGAGCCAUGACCGGAGCAAAUGGUCUCAUCAAGUUAACUGCUGCUUGCUGCGACGCUGGAGAUUUAGCUGAUUGUUUGGUGCUCCCAGGUGCAGUCAUGGCUACUGCAGCCGAAAUGGCAUUGAUCAAAUUUAACAAUGGCGUUUGUGGAGGCGAAUUUGGAACCGACACCAACAUGGAUGCCGCUGCAACGGUUUGUUCUCGACAGACCCCAUUCCAAGCCCGUUUUUUGUCAGAUGGGGGAGAAAUUGUUGCCGAUGUGACCAACCCCCCCAACGGAGUUAGAUUGGCCUACAUUUUGACGGAUUGUUAAAAAUCUACAGGUUUAUCUUGACACAAAGCACCUCACGAACGAUGUGUUUCGGAUUAUUGAAAGUAAAAUCGAAUGAAUGUUAUACUAUAUGUAAAUGUAAAGCAAGAAAGUGAAUAGAUAAAUCGGUACAGUGUGUAUGAUUUUUCUUCUUUUGAGCUCGUGGUAAAUCUUGAUGCAUUGAGCUUGCAGUAUUUUAGUUGCUCAAAUAUGGACAAUGAACU